UACAGCGUCAGCGAGGGAACACGAAUUCGAAGAGGACCGAGAAUUUAAAUGAGAUUUGCCAUUUUGUAGGAAAGUAGGUCGACAGUAUUGAUUUUUGUACGUUAAUAGUCAAACAAAGACAGUGUCAAAGCUCAGUUUUAUAGUCAGUUGCGCAACUCGGACGUGGAAGAACGUGUUGAAAUGCCAGACGCGGAAUUGGGCGGGACUGUCGAGAAUGUUCGCGUUAUGGUACGCGUGCGCCCUUUGGACCAAAAAGAGAAAAUAGGUGGUGCGUACAAUUGCGUAUCGGUUGAUGGAGUUAACAAUACAGUCGCCGUCACCAGGAGUAACGUGUCACCUCCAGAGCCUCCUCGGAUCUACGCUUACGAUGCAGUCUUCGAUAGCAAUACUAGUCAGAUGGACAUCUAUGUCCAGACGGCCAGCCCUAUCGUGGAGGAGGUCCUCAAGGGUUACAACGGCACCAUCUUUGCUUAUGGACAAACUGGGACUGGCAAGACCUACACCAUGGCAGGCAGUAACUCCGCGCCGGAGCUGCGAGGCAUCAUACCUAAUUCCUUCGCCCAUAUUUUCAGCCAUAUCGCCAAGGCUAAAGAAGACGAGAAAUUCCUGGUAUGCGUGACAUAUUUGGAGAUUUACAACGAGGAGGUUCGGGACCUCCUAGGAAACAACCCUCACCAGAGUCUGGAGGUCAAGGAGCGCCCAGAUAUCGGAGUGUUCGUCAAGGAUCUCACAGGCUAUGUGGUCCACAACGCGGAUGAGCUGGAGAAAAUAAUGGCGGUUGGCAACAAGAACCGCCAUAUUGGCGAGACCGCCAUGAACAUUGAGAGCUCGCGAUCGCACGCCAUCUUCUCGAUCACCGUGGAGAGUAGUAAGCGGGGCGCUGACAACAAGAUGCACGUCAAGAUGGGCAAAUUGCACCUUGUGGACUUGGCGGGUUCAGAGCGUCAAAGCAAAACUCAAGCAACUGGAACUCGUCUGAAAGAAGCCACAAAGAUCAACCAGUCAUUGUCCGUCCUGGGCAAUGUUAUCUCUGCAUUGGUUGACGGCAAGUCCACCCACAUCCCAUACCGCAAUAGCAAACUGACGAGGUUGUUGCAAGACUCCUUGGGAGGAAACUCCAAGACUGUAAUGAUAGCCACCAUCGGACCCGCUGACACCAACUACGUAGAGACGAUCAGCACUCUACGUUACGCCAACAGAGCCAAGAAUAUUGAGAACAAAACUCACGUGAACAGUGAACCGGGCGACGCACUCCUUACCCGAUUCCAACAAGAAAUAGAUCAGUUGAAGAAACAAUUGGAGGAAACAACUAUAGAUGUAGAGGAAGAAUUCGACGCAGAAGAACUCUCAGAAGAGACGGAUAUAUCGCUCACUGAUGAUGAAGUGGACUCGCUCGACCCUGAAGUGAAGAAGAUGCGCCGAAAGAUCAAAAGAGAAGAAAAGGAGCAACUGAACAAAGAGAAAGCACACCAGGCACGAAAAGUCCUCGAGGAGAAGAAGGCUGAACUGCAGAGGACCAAAAAACAACAAGAGGAGUUGAAAGACAAGCUGCAGCGGUUGGAGUCGAAGGUGCUGGUCGGUGGAGAGAACCUUCUGGACAAGGCUGACACCCAGAGACUGUUACUGGAACAGGCGACCAAAGAGUUGGAUCAAAGGAAGCUCAUUGAACUUCAGCUCCAACAAGACUUGCAAAAAAAAGAGGCUGAACGUUUGGAUCUAGAAGAGCGCUACUCAAGUCUGCAAGAAGAAAACGCAGCAAAGACCCGCAAACUGAAACGCGCUGUUCAACUGCUGAACUCUGCCAAAGCAGAACUCGCUGACCAGCAGAGGGAACAACAGAGGGAGAUGGAAGGCAUCCUGGACGGCAUCAGAGCUCUCAAACGGGAGUUGCAGCUUGCUGACUUGGUGCUGGAGUCAUAUAUACCGAAGGAAUAUCAGUCGCUGAUAGACCAGUACGUGCACUGGAAUGAACAAUUGGGCGAGUGGCAAGUCAAGUGCGUGGCGUACACCGGAAACAAUAUGGCGCCGCACAUAUCGCACGCCGAACGGAAGCAGACCCACAUUGAACCCCCGGACCUGUCAGAUCGGUACAUGUCCUAUUCAUCACUGGGUCGGAGUAGCACUCGACGGGCGCGGCCCUUGUCCACUGUCCCCAGACCGCACACUGCCCUACGGCAGCGACACUAAAACACAAACUUUACUUACUUGGUCACGGAGCAAACAGAUUACAAACCCCUACUACCUAAGUCGUAACAAACUAAUAAUUUAUAUAUAUAUAAUAGGCUUAUAAUAAAUAUUUUUGUAUCGACAAUCGAACUUAAAUCUUUAAUUGGUUACGAAGCAUCAUAAUGCAGGUCAUUGACCUCAAUGCUUUCUACUUAAGUUAUACUCAAACAAUAAUAGUCUUCACAUUGGAACUUUAAUACUUAAUUUGGUCACGAGCAUACCUAUAUUUUAGACCAUAUAUGAAUAACAAUAUUUUCUUAAUAAGUGUGAGAUUUGUGAGUCAAACAGAAAGAACGAGGGAUAUGAAUAUUAAUAGGUCAAUAACCGAAAUUCUCUUUGAUCCGCGACUCAAGUAUAAUUUUUUUUAUUCUUUAUAUUUACUAUUAUAUCUAAACACUUACUUAUUUUUUAAAGAAUGAUUGCUUUUAUAUAUGUAUUAUGUGCUUAAAUUUAGUAGAAUAACAUUCCUGUAUGAGUUUACAUAUUUUUAUGAUAAAAGAUCUCAAUAUUAAUAAUGCUAGUCAUAAUUUAAUGAAUCAUUAAAAAAAGAUAAAAGACUAAAAUGACAUUAAUACUGAUUUAUAAAUAGUAGUUUAUGUGCCCAAAAUGGCGUUUUGUUUGUAAACUGCUUUAUUAUCAUCCAAUUUGUCUAAAUGAUUGUAGAAAUUUUGCCGGGAUUGUAACAGUAUUAAAAUUUAGUAAACAAUUAUAAUUUUAACUCGACAUGAUUAACAAAUCUUUAAUUAAUAUCAUUGAGAAGUCGCAAGCCUUAAAUUUAUUUUACUCGUUUGAUAAUUUGGGUGACUUUGACAAUGACAAACGUCAAAUUUGAGUAAUCAACGAAUUUAGGGUGUGUUCCGAUAUGCACUGCGACCGAUACAGUGUGACGUCAAUUUAGUAUACUGUCAAGCCGAUCCUUUAUAGCCAGUUAUACUGGUUACUAUUUAAAACGGAACGCAAUCCGGUAUACUGUCAUCCGCAUUUUUUGACGCAGCAUUCAGAUGAGUGUAUUAAAGUUUUCUAGUUCAUAAAAAAAAACUUUUGUUGGAGUACCGUCUAAUUAAAAAAUUUUAAUUAAUAUUUUAGGCACUCGAGUGGUUUUUACUGCUCACGUGAUCAAAGUACUGCGAGUACCUUACCUCGAAAACGCCAGUGCUCACAGUAGAAUAUGGCGGCGAUUUAUGACGUCAUAUAUUUCCCUAGGGUACUGCGGCACUAUAAUGGCAGUCCAUAACGGAACGAAUUUUUCUACAGUGAUAGCACUGUGCAGUGCUCGCAGUGCAUAUCGGAACACACCCUUAAAACCUGUUGUAUUCAUAAUUAAGGUGUCAAGAUGACAACCUCCAUUCUACAUUUUCGGUGUAACAUGAUAAUUAACGAAAUGUAUCAAUUAUUUAAAAAUAAUAUUGUUAUUUUAAGUUUUUUUUUGUAUUCAUUUAGCCGUUUUUAAAUGUGUGCUUUUGUAUCUUUGUUUUGCACGCUUGUGAUAUUUCUGCAGUAUUUUAGAAAUAAAACUUUUGUAUUCA